ACCCACACAAGAAAGACUCUAGCAGAGAAGGCAAUUUCUGCUUGCACAUAUGGGAUGGUCUGGAGGGAUUGAGGAUUUCAAUUGAGCGACAUCACAAAGCUCCGUCUGAUGAAUGUGAUUUUCGUGCACUUGUAUUAGCGUUUCUCUACUGACGAGGAGGAGAAUCAAAUAUAUCGCAUGCUCUCUAUCGUGCUUCUAGAGCGGGCGGGCGUCGAUUACGCAAGUUAAAUACAAUGUCUCUGCCCCCUGCGUGUUCGGCCACUUCCACUUCGAGGUUAAGCGACUCCGUGUACGAACUUUACAACCCAGGAGUUGAAUCGGUGCUGGACGUUGUAUUCUUUCACGGCCUACAAUCGUCACACACCUCUGUACCUCACUUAUCAACAUGGAUAUCAAGCGGUUCUCACAAGGAAGUAUGGCCGCAGACCUGGAUCCCGCAAGAGUUUCCGGGAGCUCGGAUUCUCUCUGUCCAGUACGAUGCUUCUAUCAGGACAUCAGCAGAGCAUGGAAGAUUAGACCUCUACCUCACAGCCGAAAGUUUGAUGCAUAAUCUUAUAUUUGCGAAGGUGGGGCAGCAUCCUUGGCGUCCAGUUAUACUCGUCGGUCAUAGUUACGGAGGCCUUGUGAUCAAACAAUUGUGCGUUCACGCAUACUUCAGCGAAAGCUUGCACCGCUCUGACAAACAAAUAGCUCGCUUUCUCAACUCCGUCACAGGAAUUUUCUUCUAUGGAACGCCGCACCAUGGAAUUUCAUCAUUCUUCACUCCAAAUGGAACAAAACUAAAGGACGCUAGCCCUCUACUCGACUAUGUCAAGCUGCUUUGCGCAGAAUCAGGUCGCCUUCAUGAAAAUUUUGAUGCUUUACGUUUGUCCUACAAGUGGAGUAUUGCUGGAGUCGGAGAAUCGAGACCUACUACGUUCAUGCUAGAUUCAGAGUCUCAGAAUGCUGUUGCAGUUAGCCGUGAGAUGAUUGUAGUUGAGGCUUCAGCUCGGUACGGCGACUUCACUGUGGAGCUUGAGGAUCAUAUCUCUCUCUGCCAGCCCGAGAGCAGGACUUCAAAUACUUACGUACGGUUGACAUCGUUCCUGCAAAGGUUACAAAGCAAUAAGGUGAACAGGAGAAGACUUCCUGAUAAUCUCCAGACGGUGCCGAAAAUGGCUAUGAGCCUACAUUUUGACUUACUUGUAGAGGUUCAAAACAUUUUACACAAAGGUCCAGCAGCAGUUGCUCUUUGCGGCAUGGGAGGAGUAGGGAAAACAACUCUCGCAAAGUUGUUGUUCAAUGAGUUGUGUGCUGAAUAUGAAUACACUUGUUUCGUUCCGAGAUGUACGGACAUGAAAAAUACCAAGGAGAUAGAAGACAAAGUGUAUUCCUCGAUGCAUCAUCUUGGCAAACAGCUUACACAAGGAGUGGAAAAAUGGAAUCCGACUGAUUUGAGACAGCAAACACUUCUCCUUGUUCUGGAUGACAUUGACAAUGGUAGUCAUGUUGCAUUUCUCCAGGACAUAGUUUCGAAGAACGAUUGCGCAAACAGUCGUUACAUUGUUACCUGUAGAGAUAGAAACAUUUUGAACAGUUUAGAUUCACGCGUGUUUGAUGUGAAAUUCUUGAAUCCCGAGAGCUCCACAAAGUUAUUUAUGAGCUACGCAUUUCCGUAUCCGACCAAACCGAAUCCAUCACUGAACAAAUGGGUACCCAAGAUCGUCGCGAAAUGUGAUGGACUACCAUUAACCCUAGAGGCGAUAGGCACGUAUCUAAAGACGCAAGUCAGUGAAAGCAUAUGGAUACAGUGUUUCCAAGCUCUGGUUGAAGCAGAGGACGUAGUGGGUCUAGAUAAGAAGUUGUGGGCGCAAUUGAGAGUGUCCUACGACCGUUUGGGUAGUCAGGAGAAGGAAAUAUUCCUUGAUGCUGCGUCAUUCUUCAGCAAUUCCACCUGGAAACUGCGAGAAGCUAAGGCUUGCUGGCGUGUGCUCUAUGGCCUCGAAGAUAUCGGAUGGCAGAGUCUGGUAGACUUGUCUCUUGUCUACAAUGUAAUGGAAGAGGAAAGUAUACAAAUGCAUGAGCAAUUGAGGUCUCUGGGAAUUAGACUGGCUUCAGGAUGGGGAACAGGUGGCAGAUGUAGGACUUGGACUCAUAAAAAUGUCCCUUCAAGGUUUAAUUCUUCAAACUACAAUGAUAGGAUUGCAGAAGGACAGUUCUAUUCCAAUGAUCCAAGCUCAUCAAGCACGGGUAUGGCAACACAUAUUGAGGAGGUCAUAGCGCUACGACUUGAACACUCGAUGCUCCUCGACUCGAGAGAUAUUGGCCAGAUGAAGAAGCUGAAAUAUUUGGAUUCCAAGGAGUUGAUGUUGAAUGAAGUAGGUGGCAAGCUUCCGAAGAAUCUGACCCUUCUUAGACUCCGUGGAGAAGUGAACAAUCUUCAUGACCUGGUAGACCGAGGGCUCGCGAGAAGUUUGGCUGUUCUGGACUUGACGGCACCGCUCACAUGUUUGCCAACAACCGUCAGUGACUUUCAAAACCUUGAAGUUAUGAAAUUCGCAGGCUGCCUCUUCGAAGGUCUUCCCGAAGCAUUCGGACAACUUUCCAGGCUUCGUCAUCUUACAUUUGAAGAGUGCAAUAGACUUCGUUCACUCCCGAAAGCUUUCGGAUGGCUCUCACAACUGCGAUCUUUGGAACUUCGUUGGUGUUGGAGGUUGGAAGCAUUGCCGGACAGCUUCGGAAAUCUGUUCAAGCUAGAAAGCCUGAUAAUAAAGAGAGCGAAAAUCUCAAAACUGCCUGAGAGCUUCGGAAAUCUGUCCCAGCUACAAAGCCUGGAAAUAAGUGGGAAAGAUUUCUCAAAACUGCCUGAGAGCUUCGGAAAUCUGUCCCAGCUACAAAGCCUGGAAAUAAGUGUGAGUGAUAUCUCAAAACUGCCUGAGAGCUUCGGAAAUCUGUCCCAGCUACAAAGCCUGGAAAUACAUGAGAGUCCAAUCUCAGAACUGCCUGAGAGCUUCGGAAAUCUGUCCCAGCUACAAAGCCUGGUAAUAUAUGAGAGUCCAAUCUUAGAACUGCCUGAGAGCUUCGGAAAUCUGUCCCAGCUACAAACCCUGAAAAUAUAUGGGAGUGAUAUCUCAAAACUGCCUGAGAGCUUCGGAAAUCUGUCCCAGCUACAAAGCCUGAGAAUAUAUGGGAGUGAUAUCUCAAAACUGCCUGAGAGCUUCGGAAAUCUGUCCCAGCUACAAACCCUGACAAUAUAUGGGAGUGAUAUCUCAAAACUGCCUGAGAGCUUCGGAAAUCUGUCCCAGCUACAAACCCUGACAAUAUGGGGGAGUAAAAUCUCAAAACUGCCUGAGAGCUUCGGAAAUCUGUCCCAGCUACAAACCUUGAUAAUAAAUGGGAGUGAAAUCUCAGAGCUGCCUAAGAGCUUCGGCCGUCUCGCUAGUCUGCAGAUCCUGAAGCUCUCAGGCAUAUGUUGAGACUCCAAGCCUUGCCGGAUACUUUUGGGCAGCUUUCACAGUUGUCGCACUUGACGAUGCAGGGCGGCACCAUCAUCCAAAAAGUCCCGGAAUCGUUCGGCAAUCUGGCCAACCUGUCCAGAUUGGACAUCAUAGAGUGUCCCUUUCUUAACUACUUCGGGGUUCCGAAGAGCACCGAAGUACGCAUUCGAGGAAGAAGGAUGAUAUGAAGAGAUGUUCGCCCUUGAGUUAUUCGAGCGGAGCGUAGCGUUUGGAGUAGAACAACUUCACGUGGAGUCUUUUUUGGAGUGGUUGUGAAGGUUAUGUUACCAAUCAAUAUUCACAUGUUUUCUAGUAUGGAAAAAUAGGUCAAUUUCACUAGAAGAACUCAAGUUUUAGUUUUGUUCAUGUUCGAAAGUAGUUCAGUGAGUGGUGGUGCGAUCUUUCCACUUGGUCGCAAUUGACCAUAAUUUGGUGAUUUGGAGGACGGGAGAAGUUUUGCGGACGUAAUCAAGGUUCUCGUGAGAUUGUAAUCUAGUUGUAGUUUGGAAGUGCAGGUGAGGGAAUCGCUCGAUUGUAAUGUGCAAGGAACUGGUAGAGGAAAAUUCAAGUUCGGUUUUGGCCUUUAGACUGAGGCCGGAGCAAUCGAGUUGAUUUGCCUCUGUUUCUUCAGCAGUGGACGGUGCCUGUUACGUGAGGAUCACUUUGCAUUGGGCAUGGAUGUUGGAGCCUUCGAUCCGCAACUGAACUUGAAUUCGCGAGAUGGGCCUAUCCCGGGGAUCAACUGAGAGUUGUUAGUGGGGCGGAAGUUUUGGGAUUUCUGUGUUCGGAUGGCUAUGGCUCUUCGAUCUAUAGUGGGGUCCCAAUUGUACAGUUCUGCAAAGGAGUGAUGAAAGCAGCGGAGUGAAGGUUGGCAGAGAAAAGAGCGCUCUAUUCGUAAGCGUCGGAGUUGAGUCUUGGUGAAGAUUCAAAGUGGUGAACCACAGUAAUCUGGCCUUUGGUGCCAAAUUGGACGCUGUCAUGUCAUCCAGAUGAACGUCGUGGGUAUUUUGCUUU